GGGGAGGGGGCCGCGGGUUUUCAUGUACCCAGCAUGAGCUCCUACUUCGUCAACCCCCUGUUCUCCAAAUACAAAGGCGGCGAGUCCCUGGAACCGGCCUAUUACGACUGCCGGUUCCCUCAGAGCGUGGGCAGGAGCCAUGCGUUGGUGUACGGGCCCGGCGGCUCGGCGCCCGGCUUCCAGCACGCCUCGCACCACGUCCAAGACUUCUUCCACCACGGCACCUCCGGCAUCUCCAACUCGGGCUACCAGCAGAACCCGUGCUCGCUUAGCUGCCACGGAGACGCCUCCAAAUUCUAUGGCUAUGAGGCGCUCCCCAGACAGUCCCUUUAUGGGGCUCAGCAAGAGGCGAGCGUGGUGCAAUAUCCCGACUGUAAAUCCUCCGCCAACACUAACAGUAGCGAAGGACAAGGCCACUUAAAUCAAAACUCGUCUCCCAGCCUCAUGUUUCCAUGGAUGAGACCCCACGCUCCGGGGCGGCGCAGCGGAAGGCAAACUUACAGCCGAUAUCAGACCUUGGAACUAGAAAAGGAGUUUCUCUUUAAUCCUUAUUUGACACGAAAGCGCCGGAUUGAGGUCUCUCAUGCCCUGGGACUGACGGAGAGACAAGUGAAGAUCUGGUUCCAGAACCGAAGGAUGAAGUGGAAAAAGGAGAACAACAAGGAUAAACUGCCUGGGGCUCGAGACGAGGAGAAGGUAGAGGAAGAAGGAAACGAGGAAGAGGAGAAAGAAGAGGAGGAAAAGGAAGAAAACAAGGACUGAGCAAAAAAGAGAUCCCCCCUUUAGCAACUCCCUUGAAGUUUCGUUUUAUGGUAGCAGAUAAAUUGAGAAGUUUACGACUGUCAUUUGCUUUUAUAGAGAAUAGAAUGACACUCACAACCCUAACUACCUGUCAGAUACUUGCGGCUCUGGUUUUAUUACCUUUGGACUUCCCUUGCUCUUUAUUUGUUUGGGGGCUGGAAGGGGGAGACUGAGACACAGAAAAGUUCGGACCCUGUCCCACUCCUUGCCCCAACACACACUUGUCCCUAUUCCCAUCUUCUGAGUCCUUUCUGGAUGUUAAGGUCUGAGAUGUGGCUUCCUCACCCUUCUCUGCCACUUGCCACUCUGCUCCCGCCUUCCUGUUUCUCUGGUAUUUAUUUUAGAGGGAAACCCCCUCCCUCAAAAUGCAAAGAGGACUCCUGACUUUGCUUUUAUGCUAGGAUUCAUGCACUACAUUUAUUUAAAAAAAGAAAGGGAAGAAAUAAGGAAAAGAUAGCAAAGAAUAUCCCCUCCCCCUGUGAGGAGCUCCCAGUUUAGAAAACCCCCUCGACUUUCUCUAGGAACCUGAUGGAAACCUUCCCCUUCCAAGGGGUGAAUAGGGGCCUGCUGUCGCCUCUAAAAUCCUACCUAGCCAUCCCAUGGUCACUUGGGCCCACGCCUUUCUUGCCUUUCUCGCCUUCACUGUUUGCUGUUUGAUUUCUAUUCUUUUGGGCCCGGCUUCCUCUGAGCUGCAUUAGUGUUAGCUCUCAGAAGCCACCAUAAUCAUGAAAAUAAUAAUGAUGAUGAUGAU